UUAUGUAAUCCUCAGAAAUAAUUGCUCCUAAUAUUCCUAAUAUUACAAUACAGAUCUAUUCUAAUAUUUAUUAAUUAGAUAUUUAUGCAUAUUAUUCGAUUACCUGUGGAAUAAUUCGAAUAAUGCGGCCAUGAUCUGUUUGGGUGGUUUACAGACCACACGCGCGAAUUUCAGGUGGCCACGAUAACCGCAGGUUUUUCUUAUCGUUCCUGCAAUUGAAUGGCCAGAAACGAUAAACGUAAACUUUCGAUUCAUUUUUUUCGAAUGCUUUGGAGCGUAUUUGUUUACAACAGAUGAUUCAAUUAAAAUCACUGUAUCGCUAAGAAAUAAUAUCGCCGAACAACAUGUGAACUGAUUCGUAACUGAUUUUUUACGCAUCGAAGGGACAUCGACGAAAGAUUCUCCAAAAUGCCAGCAGAGUAACAGAGAACGAGUUGACAGAGAGAACACAGUAGAUCUGUAAACAUUGAAGAUUAUUUUACGAGAAUGGGUGCGGACGCUAACUGCCACUUUGAAUUGGAACGUAUAAAUGCUCCUGAUAAGAUUCCCCUUGACAAACCAAACCAUACAUAUACCUGUGGCAGAGCCAAAGACAAUGAAAUAGUAUGUCCCAGCUUGACAGUAUCCCGUCGUCACUGUAUUUUCUUUCGUAGCAGAGAUGAACUGUUCAUUACGGAUUUGAAGAGUGCCAAUGGUGUAUUCAUAAAUGGAGUUCUCCAGAGCCCUCUUCAAACAAUUCUGUUACAUUUGAAUGACAUCAUAGGGAUCGGCUGCUCAGAGACUGAUGUUAAGGAUAAGAACAUGUUCGUGUUCAGAUUAUCCUUAGCCACGCAGCCGCAAUUGAUGGAGAUUGUCAGUGCCAGUGCUCUUUCGGAAACUGUAUUGAAUAGUACAAACGCGCUCGAGAUUUGUACAUCCAAUGGUAAAUUGAAUGGUGUAGUCAAACGUAAGAGAGAAGACAGAAAUCAUGACAGAAAAGUCUCACCAAAUAAAAUACCCAAACUACAACUCGAGUUGACAAAAGAGAAAUCUUGUUUGGAGAAAAAUUCAGAAGAAAGCGAGAUCGAAAUCAUACACGUUUUGUUGAAUAAUAGCGUACACAACACAAGUAAUGACAGUUGUGAUAAUAUUUCAAGAAACAUAGAAGUGAAUAGAUUAAGUGUAAGUAAACAUACAGAUAGCGAUAUGUUUGAAGUAAGCCAUAGUGUACAGGAUAAAAAGGAGAAAGGAAAGAGCAAGGAGACAUGUAACUCGUCUGCAAAUUUGGAGAAUGUACAAUUAGUUGUAUCGAGUAAUGUAAAUAAUAGGAUUAAAGGGAAAGAGAACGUUACUAAGAAUACGGAACCGACGGAGAAAAACGUAUCGAAAAAUGUUGAGAAAUGUACGGAGAACAAUCAACCGAGUAGCAAAGAUACGAAGGUUUUAUUAAAUAGUCAUACGCUUAACCGUAGCAAUAUCGAGUCCGAGAAAAGAACAAAAAAUAAUAAAAUGGAAACAAUAACUAAUACAGAAACUACAGCGUCGAGUCACGAUACUACAAAAAGUAUCCCAGCAGAACCUUUAUCGCCUCUACAUCCGAAUUUUGUGUUCAACGGCGACACCUUAAUUAAACUAGAAGACGAAUUGCAGUUAACUGACAACGAUGAAGAAGCGAUUUGGAAAGGUCAGGAUACGAUUUCCAGGGCGGAUAUAUCGCCGAUUAAAUUGAAGAAGAUAGAACAAAUGCCGAAAACGAAGUUCUCGGUGGACAACGUAGUCAAUUUAAGCGACAGCGAGGACGAUAUUUUCCCGUGUUCUCAAUUGUUUGACAUUGGGUUCGGUAUGAACGCGUCAGUUAAGGAGGAAAUCAAAGAAGAAAACGUAGAAAUGGACAACGAGAGAUUCAAAAGGCUCGAUGACGAAGAUUUGGUUAUCUCAGUAUCGGAUGAUAGCGACGAGGAAGACAGCAAUUGGUUGCGCAGAUUGUCUCGAAGUCAAACGUUCAACGAGGACGAUGAAAUUGGUGCAGCGGCCGAGGAGGCUGGUAAUAAGAUCAAAGAAGAUAUGGAAAUAGAAAAUCUCGAUGUGGAUGAUCUUAUUUUCGACUUGAAUAAAGAUUUGAACGAAGACCUUGAUAAAUCACAGUCGAGUUCAAUUACGAAGAUCGAAACAGUGAAAGCCACGAGGAAGUCUUGGCACGAAGAAGGGGUGGAAGAAGAAAGAAUGCAAAUUGAUUCCGAGGAUCAUAUGGCGAUUGAUAUAGGAACACCGAACAAUCAAAUUCUGCCUUCGAGGCAAGAAAGUACAGAGAACCAUCUAGAUAUCUCAGGUAGUAGCUCAACAGAAAUUAUUGCGAGUUCAAGUAGAAAGAAAUCACUCGAGAGAAAGGUUCCUCAAAUCGAAGCGCUUCGUUUGCCCUCGAGAACGCAUAGGAAUAGAAACAAAGUACAAGAAUUACCUGAGAAAACGACGAAGAAAAGACUAACCGCUAAACAGACGAAAGAAUUGAGGGAGAAAUCUAAAAUAGAACAGUACGAGUUGACGAAGGAACAAACGAUUCGCAAAAAGCUUGAGACGUGGGCUAUUUCCUUGCCUCUUAAUAAAAAUACGAGAAGGACAUCUUUGAGUAAAGAGGAGAAGAAAGCGCUGGCGGCUGAGAGGAAAGAAAAAUUGAAGAAAAUUGCCAUGGAGAAGAAGCAAGCGUCUUCGAAAGACGAUCAAACGAAAAAGCGUACAACCACGAAGCCGAAAGCGAAAGUAUCAAUGAAAACACGUAGCGAUCUACUCGUGGAAGACACGAUUGCAUCUUUGUCAGAAGUGGCAGAAAAACCGUCGACUUCGUCCAGUCGUCACUCAAGGGCGAACAAAAUUUCGACAAAUUCGGGGACAGCCGAGUCCGAGAGGAAUAAAGAUUCAACUAAAGAAAUAUCAACGCGUCUGGAACGCGCGUUAACGCUUACUGAGCUCAAUAAACUGGGCAGAAUACCAAAAAAGAGCAACAACAUCGAACUUAACACAUUGGACGAUGUACCGCAAAAGAGCAAUCCUCGAACACAUAAACUAUUAGGGGAUGUUUCUUUGAUGGCAGCGAUGGAAGAAGUAGCAAAGACUAACACAAGCAAAAAAAAAGCACACGGGAAAUCAAAGGCACAAUCAAAACGGCCUGUUCAAAAUAAGCCACCUUUGACUUCCGCAUUAAGUACUCCACCGAAAGGUCAGAAAAUGAAGAAACGAGUAUCUUUCUCUACAGUUCUUCAGACAGUACGCGAAUAUCAAAUCGAGGAAACGAACGUUCUAAGGAAACUCACAGGGAAAGAUGCCCCCCUGCCCCCUAUCAGAGCGUCCAGAAGAGUAAUGGAGAACGAAAAGACGCACGAAUUCCUGCUGCGCAUCUUUACUUGGAAUCCAGUCUGGCUGGAGGAACAAGUGCACUUGAAUUCUACGCCACCCGUUGUAAGCGACAACGAGCUCCACGUAAUGCUGACGCAUUACAAGUCGUACGACGAAUAUUGCCGAAUCAUUUCUCCUCUUCUUCUACUAGAAACUUGGUACGGGAUAACCAAAGAGUUUCAGAACAUCGAGCAAGACUUUCGACGUCCCACCUUGAUGUGCUCCAUAGUUGAGAAUUCCAUUCAAACGAACAUGAAAUCCCCUAACGUGUAUUUAACGACUUUGAUGCUCGAGGUGCUAACCACGAAACAAGACAUUCAGGCGCAGGCUCAUCCCGCUUACGGCGACUUGGUGUUUUUCGAGUACGUUAAGAACCACGAGAGGGGACAGACUUUUCACAAAAUAUUCGCUUACGUCACGGAUAUGCACCAGACGAUAUUAACGCCCUGGACCCACUAUAACAAGGAUUUGAGGAAUUACGUGAAGAAUCCUUAUGCUUUGUUAACGUACACUAUGAUAACGAAGCCUCUUGGCGAAAGUAUUCCUGUGAAUCGAGUCCAACGAUUGAGGGCAGUCACUUAUUUACGUUCCACGUUAAGGAUGGUGCGCGCUCUGGAGUGCCUUCCAAAUUCCCCUCUGAUGCUUCCAAUCUUAAGUCCAAAGAUCGAAAUGUACCACUUGCCCAACGUCCCUGUAUCAGAGCCGUUGAUGACCCAAGAUAAUCUGAAUCAGAAACAAUUGGAAGCUGUUCAUAAAAUAACAGACGUCAUAGUACAGAAACAGGCCAAAUUGUGUUUCAUACAGGGCCCACCAGGCACCGGCAAGUCUAAAGUUAUCGCGAAUAUCGUGACCCAAGUACUUUAUGGAAACAAUAGGUAUUCGAAUAACGUUGGCCCUUUGAGGAUAUUGGUCUGCGCGCCAUCGAACGCUGCCAUCGAUGAAAUCACUCUGAGGUUGUUGCAGAUUAGAUCCACCAUGAAAUACGUAAAUCAGAAAGGAUUCAAGAUGGUAAGGAUCGGUAGGUCUGGGGUGAUGCAUCCUGUCGUAAAAGACAUCUCUGUAACUGAGCUGGCGAAACGAGAAGUUAAAAGAACGACAAGCAACGUGAACAAUAUUUCGGCGGACAGCGUGGACGAGGAAAAGGCGUUUCUCGAGUCUAAAAUGAACGCUCUGAAAUGCGAGAUAGCGAGCACUCAAAACAUGGACGAAGUUUACAGGAAGCACGUUCGAAUGAAGCUGGAGGAUAUAACUGCAAAAUAUGAAUUGUUGAAACACCGUAGGCCUUUGAACGAGAUAAAUUCGAGAGAGCUCACGAAGAUACAGCGCGAAGCGGAGAGCAGAGUCCUUUCACACGCGGACAUAAUAACCUGCACCCUUUCUUCGUGCUAUAAUAAUCAGAUGGAAUCUAUUUUCGUCAACGAUAAGAAGAGAAUAUCCGUGUGCAUCGUGGAUGAAGCUACUCAAAGCUGCGAAACAGAAACUUUGAUACCGUUGAUGUUAGGGGUGUGCACGUUGGUCUUGGUUGGCGACCCAAUGCAAUUGCCUGCUACCGUACUAAGCCCACAAGCGAAAAAAUUGGGCCUGGAUCAGUCCAUUUUCUCGCGAGUCCAAAACGCUUUCGAAUACUGCGAGAGCAAUCCUAUAAUCAUGCUGGACACCCAGUAUCGAAUGCCAUACGAGAUCUCCUCCUGGCCAAAUAAAUUCUUCUACGGUUCGAAAUUGAAAACCGGCAUAACGCGCAACGAGAACUUUCCAUUUCACGCGUACAGAGUCCUAAAUAUAAAUACGAGUCAGGACAAUGGGAAUUUUUCAAAUACCGAUGAAGCACAGUUCGUGGCCAACAUGAUCUUCUCCAUGAUGUCCUUUGCCAAUUUAGAUAAAUGGGAGUGCAUGACUGUUGGCAUUCUCACACCGUACAACAAUCAGAAAUCUAUAAUACAAGAAAAGAUUAAUGGAAAGUUGUCUCUGUUAUCGGAUGGUGUAAAGAAAAAGGUGAAAUUUGAAGUAAACACGGUCGACGGUUUCCAAGGACAAGAACGUGAUGUUAUUAUUAUGUCGUGCGUACGAAGCCAGAGAAUUGGAUUUUUGUCCGAUAAACAAAGGCUUUGCGUUGCUCUGACGCGAGCGAAACACAGUCUGAUACUGUGUGGUAAUUUCAACGUCUUCAUGAGAGACCAAAUGUGGAAUUCGUUACUGUCAGACGCGAAAUCCCGCAAAAUAUUUUUUAAUGUUAACGCUAACGCGGAUCCUCAGGAAAUAAAAGUACACGUUGUUAAGCGAUUUAAUUGUUAGCAACUACUUUGUAUAUUUG